CUGGGCCCCCAGCCCCGCUGGCAUGAGCAGGCGCGCAGCACAACGCGAGGAGGUCUGGGUCCCCAGCCCCGCUGGCUUGAGCAGGUGCGCAGCCUGGCGAGGCCUGCGCGCGCGCGCUGCCCCAACGCCAGGCGCAGCACAUGGCGCCCGCCGCCGCGGGGCGGGCGGCAGCGACGGGGGCGCCUCUUCUGGAGGCACGGCCCACGGCGCCCGCGAUGGUGUCGUCGGCGCUCGCGCAGGCGCGGGCCUGGAUCGCCUCCUCGCUGCCGCUGUGGCUGGGCGCCGCUGGGUUUCUCUGCGGGGCGCUGCUGCUGCUGCGGGCGCGCGGCGGCCGGCUCCGGGACGGCGGCCCCGGCGCCGGGAGGGGCCCCGUCGGUGGCAGGCAGGCGAGGCAGCCAGGCGCGCACGAGGGCGGCACACCUCGUCCCCACAAGGGGCCCGGCGAGAGAGGCCCCAGGCUGCCGGUGGUGGCGUAUUGGGACGCCCAGGGCGGCCAGGUGGACCGCGCGCCUGAGGACGGGCCGCUGCCGAACGUGAUCCUGACGUGCCCGCUGUCGCACCUGGAGCGCCUGUUCAACCUCGUGGUCGCAGAGCACGGCGCCCAGGGCGACGUGCUGCAGUGCUGGAGGUUUGCGCCGCCCUCGGCGACGACGUCCAAGGUCCGCCUCAUGGGCCUGCGAUGCGCGGACCCCGACAGCGUGGUCGACAGGCUGGCCCAGGACGGCAGGCUGUCGUGGGUGCUGCAGAAGCUCUACCGGGUCGGCGACAGGGAGCGGCCCCAGCCCAGCCUGGAGGCCGCUGCCGCCCGCCUGGCAGUGCAGCUCGACGAGGCCCGCGCCAGCGUCCGCGGCGCCGCCGCAAGUGAAGUCUCGCCGCUCAGAGUGCGGCUCUCGUGCUUCCCCGCGUCCAGCACCGAUCCGCUCCUCGGCGCCCUGGAGACGGCGGUGCCGCAGCCGCCCGGCGGGGGGGGGAUCGAGCUCGUGCCCACGCGGCAGGAGGUGGUCGCUGCCGCCGUCCAGGUGUGCAAGGGCGUCUGGCUGACCGGCGUCUCGGCCUCCGGUGCCCUCGCGGAGCACAUGGCGAGCCGCCGCGGGACGGGCGAUGCCGUCUCCCGGGCCUACUUCAAGUUGGCGGAGGCGUUGCAGGCGGCCGGGCCGGCGGCGGCGGCCUGCCUGGCUGGAGGCGCCGCGCUGGACGCCGGCGCCGCGCCCGGGAGCUGGACCCAGCUCAUGCUGGAGAAGGGCUGCCAGCGCGUGUACGCGGUGGACCCUUGCCAGUUGCGGCCAGAGGUCGCAGUCGCUGAGGGUGUCGAGCACAUGCAGACGACGCUGCGAGACGCCGUCGGCGUGCUCGCCGAGCGCCAGAAGAGCGGGCAGGCGCCCCUGCUCGACGUCUGCGUCUCGGACAUGAAGUUGCCCGCCCUGUCCUCGGUAGUCAGGGUGGUCGCGGAGGCGGGCGUGUUCCAGCUGCUGCGCCCCGGGGCCCUGGUCGUGCUUACCGUGAAGGGCGAGGCCGUGAAGGGGAACUCGCAGAAGCGGCUGUGCACAGAUGCCGCCUUUCCCGCCGCCAAGGAGCUGCAGGCGCACUGCGACGGCGUGCAGGUGCUGCACCUGAUGGCCAAUCGUGAGCUCGAGCGGACGAUCAUAGGUUUCUGUAAGAAGCGGAAAUGACCGUUUAUAUCAGCCAUCGCUCGCAGGACAGCUUGCCUGCGUGGUUGGACGCUUAUUCCGCUCGUGGGCACGGCGCUUGAGGCAGCGUAGUGACUUCAUGAUUGCGUCGCCUAGCUUGCAAGCGUGCCGAAAAAAAGAGGCGGUAGACGGCAUAGACUCCUCUGGAUGCCCGAAUGCCCUUUGGGGCGCGCCUCCCGGCGUCGCGGCCGUAGGGGGCUCGCUGGCACGCGCUCGGGAUGUUCGAUUGUGCUGAUGCUGCUGAAGUGACGUCGCAGUUUUAGAUAACACUUCUGGCCGGGCCAAGCCCCAGGGUAACUACAGAUCUGUUCAGCAGUUGUGGGCCUUCUUAUAUUUGUCGGCGAUCAUGGUGCUGAGAAUAGAAGCCCCUCUGUUCACUUGGCCCUGCUGAGUUGGCCCCCUGUGGCUAGCUGACCGUGUGACCCCGCGCAAUUUUCAUCCGCCACAGUCACGACCUGGGCUGGCAAAUAUCGUCGACAGCCCAGUCACCCAACUAAUCCCCACCACCGUCCGGGUACGAAAAGGUUGUCGGGAGUUUAGGGUUCAGCCUUCUGACUCGGAUUGCCUUCGCUCUUCGCCACAUCUGCGGCACGCACAGCAUGCGCGCAUCCGCCCAGUGCUGCCAGUUUCCCGAAACUCAGAGUGACUCUCGACCGUGAGCGCGGCCCCGUUGUUCGAGGGAGUGUUGUUCGCUACGAGAUUGAUCCGAUCGUUAGACACGGCUGAAUGGUGCUUGUAUUUGGCCGUGCAAACAAAUGGUGGUAGCCGCCACCCUACCAUUUGGAGGGAGGAGAGACCACCACCAGCAAGCCACCUCCAGCCAAGAGAGGCAGAAGGCCUUGUCCAUCCAUUUCGAGCAUGAUUCGCUUGUGGUACCUCCGCGUACGUUGUCCUGGCGAGGAUUGCUCGCCAUCGGCGGUCGCUGUGGGUUUGGACAACACUUGUUGCUGAGCAUCGUCUCCAUUAGUGUUGCUCCCGUCUUUUGACUGUCAUAGUGGUGAUGAGGAA